AUGUUCAAAGUCCGUCCCGACUUUGACCAGCUCCAGGCAUCCCGCCCGGACUUCAAUCACGACGCCCAAGUCACCUUCACCAAGCCCCCCAACCCAACCUGGAAGCAAGGCGACGGCGCCAAUGACGGCGGCGAGAGUCUGAAGAAAGACCAUGUCGAGAUCGACCCCAAUGAAGACGGUCGCCCCGUCGCUUCCAACUACAAGCUUCUCAUCUCCGGCAUGGUGCCGAGGCCCAUCGCCCUUAUCAGCACAAAGUCCCUCGACGGCAAAACAACCAACCUCGCCCCCUUCAGCUACUCCCAAGUCAUCAACCACGAUCCCCCGCUCUUUGUCGUGGGCUUUGUCGGAUCCCUCGAAAAGGCCAAGGAUACACUGAAGAAUCUCAACGAAACAGGCGAGUGCGUCAUCAACAUUAUCUCCGAGCACUUCGUCGAAGCCGCCAACGCAACGGCCAUCAACGCGCCCUACGGUGUAUCCGAGUGGGAAACCUCCGGUCUUACCCAGGCCCCGACAUCCGUCGUGAAACCCGCUCGCGUGAAGGAAUCGAUUCUCUCUGUCGAGGCGAAACUGGUCGAGACCAAGGAGUUUGAGAGCCGUUCCGUGCCCGGGAAGAUGUCUAGUGUUUUGGCGAUCGUUGAGGGCGUGCGCUUCUGGGCGCGCGAGGAUGCUAUCGAUGAGGAUAAGAGCCUUAUUGAUUUGGAGGUGCUGAAGCCUAUUAGUCGGUUGGGUGGGAUCUCGUAUGGUCGUACUACAGAUGCCAUUGAGAUCCCCAGGCCCCAGUUUUGA